CUGUUUUAAAAGGAUAAGAAACCAACGGCUACAACCAAAAUGAAUUCUACACUUCCAGCACAGCAUCGUGCUCUCGUUCUUUCGGAGGUGGGGAAGCCAUUGCUCCUCGAACAACGGCCGCUACCGAAACCAGGUCCUGGUAGCGCCCUUAUUCGCAUACUUGCGACAUCAGUUCGGUCCAAUGCCUCAAAGGUGUGGCGAGAUCCAAAUAGCGGGCAUCCUCUACCCCUUCCCUUGGUUCCUGGAUUCGUCUCUAUUGGUCGAGUAGUCGACACUGGGCCUGACGCGAUUGCAUUGAGCCCAGGACAACUCGUGUUUUUCGACCCUUACAUAAGGGGACGGGAUAACUCCAAGGCGAAAUACAUAUCUGGCUUCAUGGAAGGGUUCGAUGAAGAAAGCCGCAAACUUUCUUGUGGGGAAUGGCGUGAUUCAACCUUGGCCGAAUAUGCCAAGUUGCCAUUGGAAAACUGCCACUCAAUGAAUGAACAGCGCCUUAUGGGAGAUCCGAAAGAUGGAGGGCUCGGGUACACUCUCCAAGACCUAACUCAUCUCUUCAGCAUGUUCAUUCCAUUCGGAGGACUCGCCGAUAUCGAUGUGAAAGCUGGGGACACUAUCAUCAUCGCGCCAGCCACCGGUCGUUAUGGUAGCGCAGCGGUACAUCUUGCCCUCGCCAUGGGGGCAAGGGUUAUCGCUAUCGGAAGAAACGCGACGAUUCUUUCCCAACUAGCUCCCAUUAGCCCACGCAUCUCAACUGUUCAAAUUUCGAACGACAUUGAGAAGGACACGGCGGCUUUGGCAGCGGUGGCUGGUGGAACUAUUGACGCGUUCUGGGACAUGUCACCAACAGAGGCUGGAACGUCGACGCACUUCCGUAGUUGUUUGAGCGUUUUGAGUCAUGGGGCUCGCAUCAGUUUGAUGGGAAGCGUGCUGUCCGGCACUGAUUUCGGAUAUAUGGACAUUAUGGGGCGCGGGUUGACGAUUAAAGGCACAUGGAUGUGCACGCGUCAACAGACAAAGAGGCUUAUCACCAUGGUCGAAACAGGCGUUCUGCCAUUAGGCGAGAGAGCUGAAAUGGGCCCAGUCCGAAGUUUCCCGCUUGAGCAUUGGGAGGAAGCGCUGAAUACUUCAGUGGAGCGGACCGAGCCGGGUGAAAUUAUUAUUGUGUCUUAGAUAUAGAACUAAAGACCGACAGCUUUUUAGUUGAGUACAA